GUUUACAGGAAGCGGAAGUGUCACUCUCAGCGGAAGUAGUGCUGCAGAACAACCGAAGAGCGAGGCGGAAGACGGGGAUCCAAAUUCUGUCUUUUUAACGAUCAAAACCAGUUUAAACGCCAUACAAAACUCUGAAAAUGGACAAUACUGACCUGGUACAGAAAGCCAAGCUCGCUGAGCAGGCAGAGCGCUAUGAUGACAUGGCAGCAGCUAUGAAGGCCGUUACUGAGGGAGGAGUGGAGCUUUCCAAUGAAGAACGCAAUCUGCUAUCUGUGGCAUACAAGAACGUGGUGGGUGCCAGGCGCUCCUCUUGGCGUGUCAUAUCCAGCAUCGAGCAGAAAACCGAGGGGAACGAGAAGAAACAGCAGAUGGCACGCGAGUACCGUGAAAAGAUUGAGACUGAACUGCAGGACAUCUGCAAUGAUGUGCUGGGUCUUCUGGAGAAGUAUCUCAUUGCCAAUGCUUCUCAGGCAGAGAGCAAGGUGUUUUACCUGAAAAUGAAAGGCGAUUAUUAUAGAUACUUAUCUGAGGUUGCAUCUGGAGAAAGCAAGACCACCACGGUUGAGAACUCUCAGAAAGCUUACCAGGAGGCUUUUGAAAUAAGCAAGAAGGACAUGCAGCCCACGCACCCCAUACGGUUGGGUCUUGCCCUUAACUUCUCGGUGUUCUACUAUGAGAUUCUCAACUCUCCUGAUAAGGCCUGCCAACUGGCCAAGACGGCUUUUGAUGAAGCCAUUGCUGAGCUUGACACUUUAAAUGAGGACUCUUACAAAGACAGCACCUUGAUCAUGCAGCUUCUAAGGGACAACCUCACUCUUUGGACAUCAGAAACUCAAGCCGACGAAGCAGAUGCAGGCGAGGGCGAGAACUAGGGGACCCGCACUGAUCUCCAAACACCCACACACAUCCAUCUUAAAUACACAAAAGGCUUCCACCAACCUUCCCACCUCAUUACACCCAACACCAUCCACCCCUCUCCAUUCAGUUCCCAGCCCCGCUCCCCUAUACCAUCUGUAUGAUGAUCAGCAUGAGCUGUUCUCACAGGAAGGCACUCAGUGAUGCCCCUUAUGCAGUCACCAGUGGCUGGGAGAGGGGUGGGGGAUGCUCACAGGGUGACUUGAUGACGUUAUAGCAGGUCCAGUAAUUUUGUUUGUGAAUUUAGCAUGUACUGAUUAUCAAAACCCUAUCCUUGUGCGUGUUUGUGCGAAUGUACGAGUGAGUGUGCUGCUAAUGAAGAGUAACUGAUUUGGAAAAAUGACUGCGUGAAUGCGAGAGAGUGAGUGUAUUGGGGAUCGUGGGUUUGUGAACUCUAAUCGUCCUUCCUCAUAAUACCCCUAUUUUCCACUAGCUGGUUGUGCAUUUUUCAUUUUUUUUUUUUUACGGUCUUUUAUUUUAGUAUAAUUCAUCAGUAUUUACAGGUUUUAUUGUAUGGGUAUUAAACUGUCA